UGACAGAUUACCGCCUGUCUAAACCAAAACUUCAGAAAAGAAGAAAGUGCCCUCGUAUAAUGAGCAUGACAAUGAUACAGACCAUAAAGAUCCACAUUUUAAUAUGUUUAUAAAUACGUUAUCCUUUUCCCCUCCCCCUUUCUCUCUCAUACACUCAUUUCCCAUACAGACACACAGAUAUGAAUUAUCUCUUUUCUCAUCGUACUUCUGUCUCCCAAGGUAGAAUCACCAGUUUAGAAACCUCGCAUUUCCAACACCUUUCUAUCCGUCAUAUCUUUCUUUUGCGUGCAAAAGAUCUGGUCCUCAAAUGCAUUCCCUGUAAGGACUUCAUCGUUGACAUCUAUCAGACCUUUAAAGCUGUCCGAUCAAGACAUCAUCCAACAAGAGAGGUCCGCUAUCAUGCACCCAAUACCAUCGAAUACGUUCCCGAUACCCCUGCUAUGGUAAGUCCUCUCUCCACCGACACCGUCUCCAUUUCCAUGCCCGUCGAAAGCUCCACAACCAUUCAGACUUGGGCCUCAACUGAGCCUUUUUUUGAUAUUGUGAGUGGAAAUCAAAAUCAUUUGCCACAACAACAACUUCUUGUUCAUCCACAACAACAACAGCCUCUUGUUCAUCCACAACAACAACAGCCUAUUGCUCAUCCACAACAACAUGUCGCGCCUCCCCCACAGGCUCCCCAUGGAGGUCAAGUACCACCCCAAGGAAGACCACCAGCUCCACAAGGAGGUCCUAUGCUUAACCAAAUCAGACCACCCCAUCCUCAGGGAGGACCUGAACUUAAUCAAGUAAGACCACCACCACCACCUCCCCAGGGAAGACCACCCACUGCCCAUGGAGGUCCUAUGCCUAACCAAGUAAGACUACCCCAUCCCCAAGGUGGACAUGUAUUACCCCAAGGAAGACCACCCACCGCGCAAGGAGGAGCUAUGGCUAACCAAGUAAGACCACCUCAUCCCCAAGGAGGACAACCCAUUGCUCAGGGAAGACCACCCACCGCUCAAGGAGGAGCUAUGGCUAACCAAAUGAGACCACCACCUGCCCAAGGAUUACCACAAGCUCCUAGAGCAGGACCUGAUCAUCAUCAAGGAAGACCCCCACCACCACCACCACAACACCAAACAAGACCUACAUUGAUCCUACCCGCACCUCCUCAUCAAGGAAUUACAAUGGACAGAGUAAGACCUAUGAUGCAACCAGGAUUUCAACCACCUCGACCCCAAGAUAAUCAAAUCAGACCAGCGGCUGCCCAAGUCACGUUAGUUGAGCCCGUUCCUGUUCGACCCGUACCACCACCACAGCAACAACAAGGGAGAGCACAGAGAGGACCUGGAGAGCCUUUAGUGGUUCCAGCAAGAGCAGCGGAUGUUGUCAGGACCCCAACCGCCAACCGAGCGAGACUCAUUGUGACUCCACCUCGUGUUGCAACAGAAAAUCGACGAAGAAAUGCAGUGCUUCCACCUGCCAUGGAAGAUAUGAUAGCAGCAGCAGCAGCAGUAGCAUUAGCCGAAGAUGAGGCGGCAGAGGCAGAGGCAGAGACAGAAAGAGCGGUUAUGAUAAGAAGAGAACAAGCAUUUGUCCGACCCACAGGGGAGGUAGAAGCAGCUAGGAUGAGUGCAGCUUUACCUGAAAGUGCCAUGAUACUAAAGACCCUCUUGGGUGAUUAUGACCGUACUGUAUUGACCGAACAAUGCGAUACUUUAUUACAAACCGUUAUUACCUUUGGUUCCUUCUUUUUUGAUCUCUUUAGAACACUUCAACGUGAGGUCUCGGAUGAGUUUUUUUAUGAUCCUCUUUCAAAAUAUGAGUUCUUUGAACUUCAUGGGCAUGGGUAACGUUUUUUUGUUUUUGUUUUUGUUUUUGUUUUUUUUU